AUGUGCUGUAGAUUACUGCUGAUAUCCGGCUGUAUAUAUAAAGCUGAAGAUCUGAGGAGAAGCUCAUAUUCUGGACUCAUGAUGAUGAUGAGGAUGAUGAAGAUCCUCCUGCUGUCCGUCUUCAUGCUCGCGGCUCCGGCUCAGGCCUGGCUGUCUCUGGAGGACUGGGGCUCGGGCAGUGUGGACGGCUCCAUCGGGGACUUGGGUCAGUGUGUCUGUAAUGUGUUCCUGCCUGACACUUCAUUCCCAGCGGACCGAAUGGAGCAGAUACAGAGCUCCUCCAAACAGCUGGCGGUGGAGGUCCAGAUCCACAUCAGCAAGAUCAGCAGUCUGAAGGUGGAGCUGGUGGUUCUCCUAGGGAGUCUCUCCAACUUGACAGCCCGGCUGGAGGUUCUGGAGAGCGGACCGGACAAAUACAUCAAGCUGGAGUUUGAGCUGCUGCGGGUGGAGCUGAGGGAGUUUGAGGCUCUGGUCACGCAGAUCAAAACAUCACUGAACUCCUCCUCCAGCGCCUUCGACAGUCUCUAUGCUGAGAUUCACAGCAUGAGGAUAAUCGUUGACCAGCUGGAGAGUUAUGACCGCAGUAAUCUGGAGGUGAUUCGCCAUGAGUUCACCAAACUACAGCGCAAACUGAAGAAAUGCCAGGAGGACCAGCAGGACAUCACCAACGCUCCCAUCGGGUCCUGUAAGCAUGCUGGCAUUCUCAAGAUUGGAAAGCCUGUGGUGAGUCAGCUGAACGCAGACCUGAACGGAGCCUUCAAGUAUGGCGGAUGGGGAAAAGACUCCAAGCCCUUGUCUGGCUCAGAGAGCAUGUACUGGUACUCCGGCAGCUCAGACACGCUGGUGAGCAAAAUCUCCCAGUACUCGGCCUACUACACACUGAUCACCAGGCAGAGCUUUAAAGCUCACCUGCUGUAUGUGGAUCGCCAAUACGACUGGCGCGGCGCUGGAAACAACUAUGUAGUGAGGGAAAACAACCUGUAUUACCAGUACAGAAGCCCUUUCGCGAUGGCGAAGUUCAACAUGACCAGUGCAAAAGUGGAGUUCAAGGUGGUUCCCAAAGCCAGCGCCCAAUUCUCUUACCAUUACUCCGCCAACCAGAACCUGGACUUCGCUGCUGAUGAGUCCGGCCUGUGGGUAACUUACGCCACAGUGGAGUCCAACGGUACACUAGUCUUAGGAAAGAUCAACGAACAGUCAUUUGCAGUGGAGGAGGUUUGGCAAACCAGCAUAUUCAAGCAGUCGGUCACCAAUGCGUUCAUGAUAUGUGGUGUACUGUAUGCGACCCGCUCUGUAGACACUCACACCGAGGAGAUCUUUUACACCUACGACACGACUAAAAACCAAGAGAGCCACGUUAGCAUUCGCUUCGAGAAGUUCCAGGACUUCUACGUGUACCUGGACUACAAUCCCGCCGAUCAGAAGCUCUACAUGUUCAAUAAUGGCUACUAUGUGACUUACAAUUUGAAGUUCAAGGUUGUUUAGGAUGGGUCAGCGCUUUCAGGACUGACCGUAUGCAUGGGGGAUGCGUCUGGUAAAUGUCACUUGUUUGCAUGUUGGUGUCUUAAAUUUCCUGAGGUAGUUUUUAAGGGGACCUAUUAUGCCUGUUUGUACAAGAUGUCAAAUAAGUCUCUGAUGCAUCUAUAGUGUGUGUGUGUUUCAGUUUCAGCUCUCUGAAACUGACUCUUAUAGGCUUUCAUGGUAUUUGUGGCGUUUUUGAUGACUGUCACUUUAAAUUCAAAUGAAAUUAUACUCUUUACAGAAAAGGGCGGAGCUACAAAUAAAUAAUUUCUAAUGGACAGACGGCUGCUUCUCCCUCAGGGCUGCUGUGUAUGCUAAUGAGGUAGAGAUGGACACUAGUGGGCGGGGCUUUCCCCCUCUGAUGACAUCAUACAACAGGAGAAUGUCAAUCAAAGUGUUUCUGCAGACUGUUUUAAUAAAGUCUGAUUAUAACAAAUAGAAUUAAUUCAUGGUCACCAUUAGAGGCUGGAGAUAUUCACACACUGCUGACACACAACUGUGCUUAAACCGCUUAUGUAAGUCAUUUUUGCAUAAUAGGUGCCCUUAAACACUAACCAGAAUUUGUAACUUAGAUAAUGAGAUGUAGAAUGUUUACACUGAACUGCAUUGAUUGGACAACAGCUAAACAGAAGCAAGAGAUUCAGCAUCCACAAUGACAGUGUGUAAUUCAGCACUGUGCCAAUACUGUCAAUACUGCUAACUUUCUAUUCCUGUAUUAGCUUGAAAUAUUUUGGUUGCAUGCAAAGAGACACUAAAGAAACUUUGACACUAGCCCUCAUUCUGGAGGUGUUACAUUUAAUAUAUUAAAAUACCAAAUUAGAUAUUAUUAAUGAAAUAUUAUAACAAUGUUACAUACUACAGCUGACACUUUACCAGGAGACCAUGAAGUAUGCUGAUGGUCAGUCGCUUGAACAGUUUGAUCCUUCCGGCAAAGAUUGCAAUAAAGUUUUACACAAGCAUCAAAA